AUGGCUCCCCACCAAGGGCUCGUUCACGGUAAAGAGUACGACGUCAAGGACAGCAACGUCGAGCUCAUCGGAUCCGACAUCGACCACAGCGUCAAGUUCAAGUCGGCCGCGUCCGAGCCGGCCUGGAACGACGGCUCCGUCGGCCGCGAGGCCGGCCUGCGCGUCUGGCGCAUCGAGGAGUUCAAGGUCGUGCCCUGGCCCAAGGCACAGUACGGCGAGUUCCACGAAGGCGACAGCUACGUCAUCCUCCACUCCUACAAGCUCGGCAAGGACACGGAGAAGCUCGGCCACGACAUCUUCUUCUGGCUCGGUGCCCACACGACCCAGGACGAGGCCGGCACGGCCGCGUACAAGACGGUCGAGCUCGACGAGUUCCUCCACGGCGUCGCCACGCAGCAUCGCGAGGUCCAGAGCGCACCCUCGGACGACUUUCUCGCCCUCUUCCCCCGCAUCUCCAUCCGCUCCGGCGGCGUUCGCUCCGGCUUCCGGCACGUCGAGGAGGAGGCGCCGGCCGAGGUGAAGACGCUGCUGCGCCUCUUCAAGGUCAACAGCGCCGUCGUCGUCGUCGAGGUCAACCCGACCUGGCAGAGCCUCGACGACGGCGACGUCUUCGUCCUCGACACGGGCGACAAGAUCUGGGUCUGGCAGGGCCACGCCUGCAGCCCCAUGGAAAAGGCAAAGGCCGCCCACGUCGUGCACGACAUGACGCUCGCCAAGCACAUCGACGUCGAGGUCGUCGCCCAAGCCGAGUCGCGGUCCCGCCGCGUCGUCGACCUCCUCGGCGGCACCGACGAGACGCCCCGCGCCGGCCUCGAGUGCGCGCGCCCGCUCGCGACGGCCGCCACCCGCUCGGCCGCCUCAUCAUCGUCCGAGGACCGACCGCGGAAGCUCUUCCGCCUCAGCGACGAAUCCGGCACGCUCGCCUUUUCCCUCGUCAAGAGCGGCGCCGCCAUCUCGCAAAGGGACCUCGACGGCGACGACGUCUUCCUCCUUGACGACGCAGGCAGGGCCCUGUGGGUCUGGGAGGGCCAGGGCGCAAGCCGUGCCGAGAAGGCCCAGUGGUUGGCCGUCGCCCAGGCGUACGUGCGAAGGGUGCAGGAGGAGCUCGCCGACGCCCACCUCAUGAACUUUGCCAAGGUCAAGGAGGGACACGAGAGCAAGGCGUUUAUGAAGGCGAUUGCGGUGUAG